AUGACCAGUCUGUCGUUGGUACUGCUGUUUGCUGUUGCCCACGCUCUCGUGUGCCAGGCGUCACCGGCCUACGAGAUUCUGGAAGCCGAUGACGAGGAGGGUCUGAGUGAGGCUCUGAAAUGGGAAGGACCAGAAGCGAAGGAGGCGGUGCAAGAGCAGGAGGAGGAAGAGGAGAAGAGGUGAAGCAAAUUGAAGGCAGAUGGUGAGGAGCUGGACACUGGGUUGGUUGAAGGUGCUCUGGCUCCGGCGCGCAGUAGACGCGGCAUAUUAUGCAUUCGCGUUUGUAUUGGCAGAAUUUGCAGAGUUGCCUGUAGACGUGUUUAACCGCACACACACACAAUCACACUUACAAUAAAGAUCCUAUUUUGAUUAAUGAGCCUUUUCGUUUUGCUGCGUGCGAAGAUUCUUGGGCGGAUUGGGGGGGGGGCAUUGCGGGAUGUGAAAGCCGCAAUCAGUUUUGUUUCUGUUGAACUAAUUAGACAAAAGCUAGGAGUUGGGCAUGUCAUCUUCAACUCUUCCUGCCUGUGAAUUGCAUCAACAUCAAAAGCUUGUCCCUUACACUGAUUAAUCCAUUUAUUGCAGUCCUCGCCCAUGUAUUAUGCAGCCUUGAUGCAUCUCUGUAUGGAGCAUCAUCUUCCCAUAUGGGCUCCAAGGAAAGGUUAGUAAAGAAGACGAAGGUGAAUUGAAUUACUCCGGGUGAUUUUGUAGAUGAACGUAAAGAUAUCCAUGCGGCGGCGAUCGUUAGCGUUCAUCCGUUGCAGCCUGAAUCUGGAUGCCAUAUCAUUGGAGGAGGUGAAGAGGCAUUUGGAGACAAGUUUAGUGAUGCAUCGAAUGACCUUGAAGCGACACUAGAUCGACCACAGGCAUCGCCACAAUUAAAAGUCUACUUGGAGUCUGAGAUCGAUUAGGAUUCGUGGAGGCGGAGCAUGAUGUUUUAUAGAAAUUAUAUUGUAGAUUGCAUAUAGGUACUCCACAGAAUGAUGAGAGCAAUCACGGUGGUAUCCAAUUGAGUAGAAUUAUAUUAGUAGUAUACUUGCGCAUCACUAAGCCCACCCUCUGGACCUCACAGUCCUCUCCUCAAUGUCAAGAUAGACACAACAAAACCGGACACGGGAGAGAGCGUAGUGGGUUAAAAAUGUAAACAACUUGUCUGCGUUUAUCACAUAGACCUGCUUCGCGCACAGUCGACUACGUCCUUACUCAAUAAGGAAGGUUGGUUAUUUCGGAUUCAACUGAGUGGUAGUUGAAAGAACAGUAUAAUUCGGUUUUGAAAAUCUUUUCUAUUUCCCGAAUAAUUUUGAACCCGACCUGCUGUUACACUUGCAUUUAGGAUUUCAAACUACAAGCUGUAUAUUUUCCGUGUACGGAAAACCACGCAUUGCUCUACGGUGUUAAGAGGAGACCAUAUGAGGUUCAUAAAAUUAAGCAGUGGAUUUGAGCAAUAUUGUCACCUUUACAAGCCACAUUCGUAAAUGCAGAUACAUGACGUUUCAUGAACGGCCAUUUAACGGUAUUAAAAAAUCUCACAAUUAGAAACUUUUUAAAAACAAAUACUUUUCUUUUAAGUAUGAAAUUGUAAGAAGACGUGAUUUUCAACCGAAUAUGUAAAAGAAUGAAUAUUUUAUGCAUGUUUUCCAUGAAAUAUAAUUAAAUUUUCAAGGGCAUCGAAAAUCAAUGAGAAAAUUGCAUGCUAGUUAAGUAGUCAUUGUUUGCGGCGUAUAGAUCUUGCAUGCAGCCGAAAAAAGUGCUUUCGAGAGCCGACACCCUGCGGUAACUGGAUCAUUAUAGAUUUAUGCUGCGGUUUCGAAAAGAUUCCCAAUUUCCGAAUACCUUUGAGCCCAACCAACCGUUGCAUUAGCAUUCAUCAAUUUCAGUCUACAAAGUGUAUGCCAUUAUAUUCAUACACUUACAGUGCGUGACCGAUCUCAUGAAGUGUUUGCCGAAACUCAGAAAUGCGUUUUCGAUUAGAAAGUAUUACUUAGCUGGUGUUGUAAUAUUGAUCCUCAAGAGGCAAAAUCCUAUAGCAUUUCAGACUCGCAAGGGUGUCGGCUUUUGGCUGAAAUUCUCUUCGCUCCCCAUGCCGAAACCACACUCGAUAAAAACCGACUACGUAUGCAACACGUAUUUUCACAUUGAUUUUAGGUGUUCUUGUAAAUUCAAACAUAUUUUAUAGAAAACAUGCACAAAACGUGCUUUCCUUUACUCGUUUGGUAGGAAAUCACAUCGUCUUUACGUUUUAUACUCUAAGAAAGGUUAUAUUUCGGUUUUGAAAAGAUUCCCAAUUUCUGAAUACUUUUGAGCCUGGCCAAACGUUGCAUUAGCAUUUAUCAAUUUCACUCUAGAAAGUGUAUGCCUUCCGCGUGAGGAAAAUCAUACAUUCUUCCAUGCCUUUAAAAAGGUACCAUAUAUAGUGCAUGAAAUUUUCCGAUGGAAGUGGACUAUGUUGUACAUUUCACAAGCAGGAUUGGCAGGCGGAUAUUUGCGAUGCUGUAGCAAUUAAGAUCGCGCAGACUUAGAAAUCUCAUAAUUAGAAACCUUUUUUUAAAAAAAGCGAGAUGACUUUUCUUAGAGUAUAAAACGUAAAGACGAUGUGAUUUCCUGCCAAACGAGUCAAAAUGCAUGCUUUGUGAAUGUUUUUUAUAAAACAUAUUUGAAUUUACAAGAACACCGAAAAUCAAUGUGAAAAUACAUGCUACAUAAGCAGUCAGUUUUUAUCGAGUGUGGCUUCGUCAGGGGGAUCGCAAAGAAGUUCAGUCAAAAGCCGACAUUCUGGUGAGUCUGAAAUACUAUAGGAGUUUACCGCAUGAUGAUCAGUAUUAUAACCCCAGCAAAGUGAUCCUUUAUAAUCCAAAACGCGUUUCAGAAUUUCGGCCAAUAUUUCAUCACAUCGGUCAAUCACAGAACUUAUUAUUUGAGCGUGGUUAUAUAAGUAGUGUAGUACCCAGAUCUGAUGCAAAAGGCGGAGCAGUAGAAGCCUUUAAACCCAAUGAUCACAAGAACACUGGCUCAAAUUAACAAGUAAGCCAGCUAUAAAACCCUGGUAAAUUGGAAUUACACGUCUUCUUCGCGUAGGUGACUUGAAACAUAGUUUCAGUUUCUAGAAUAAAUUUGGCAAUUUAUUUUUCCUGCACCAGUCCUGCAAGACAUUAUCCAAUGUGUAGAGGCAUAGAGGAGCAAGGGAGAAAAGUGACAUUAUCAAACUAGCAGUUCUUAGCGAGUGUUGUUUUUACAGUGGCCCUAGCAUAUGCUCAUCUCAGAGCGGAAUUGUGAACCACAUUAAACUGUAUCUGAGGGGACCUUGUUAAGCUGUUUAUCAUAGGAGACGAGGUGUCGAUCGCUUACUACAACUUCUCAUCACCAAAAUUCUUCUAGCUGAAUCUAUUCCUCUCCAGAGCUGCUCCGGCUUCCUUACAUCACAUCCUCUUCGGUUACUUCCACGAACACGAACACAGACGUUGACAGACAGAGGAGAGCAUGACCCAUCGUGAAUAACACUGCUAAGGGCAGGGUGGUUGUUGUCGAAGGAGUCUUAUCGAAUGCAGCCUGCUUGCCUUCUUUGUCCCUGUGUAUGCGGAAGGUAAAAUAUGGUUAUGUAGCCCCGCCCGAUCGACACAUUACCGUCUGGAUUCAGUUACGGGAUUGGGUUAAGGGGCUAGGAUUAGCGAUUCGAUUUAGCGUCAGGGGUUACUGCAGCUGUUUCUCAACCAUUCAAAAUACAAGGAUGCAGGACACAUCGAUGAAUUUUUCAAGCACUACUUGACCUCGUCCAAUUUUCGAUCCCAGGCUCGAUCUUCCAACCGGUCUCAUAUUACAGGUCGAUGCGGACUGUAAUUAAGUAAACUGAUCGGUGAAAAGAGCAUGUUUUUGACUUUGCAGCCAUUCACACUCGGGAACAGUUGGAGAUGGCAUCUUCCAUUUCCUUACUUUUGGUUACCUAGCUCAACCGAAACAAAAAUGAUUGCAGACUGCUCAUCCCGUAAUGCCCCUCCGAACUGCCCGAGCAUCUUCGCACGCAGCAAGAAGAAGAAUGAAUGUUCAGUGAAACACUAG